UAUUUUAUCUCAUUGACUUCAACAAACUCACAACAAGUCGCACACCUCUUUUAACAAAGCAGAGGAAGCAACAGGAGAGAGAGAGAGAGAGAGAGAGAGAGAGAGAGAGAGAGAGAGAGAGAGAGAGAGAGAGAGAGAGAGAGAGAGAGAGAGAGAGAGACAGAAAAGAGAUGGGUUCACAGUUCAUACAAGAAGCUUCAGAAGCUUGCUUCAAUGGCUGCUGUUCAUCGCCAUUCUCAACACAAUCCGUAACUAAGAAACAAGAAGAAGAAGAAGACCACGAGUUCUCAUUAAUCACAACAGGAGCUUCUUUCCUGACAAGAGACAUUAAGUUCACAAGCCAAGAAUCUCUCCCUUCUCUCCACACAUCUUUCUACGAUCUCAUCACAGCUUUUCCAGAUUACUUGCAGACCAACCAAGCAGAUCAUCUCCGAUCUACAGAGUAUCAAAACCUCUCGUAUUCAUCUAGCCACGUUCUGUUGAACCACACCGUUCAACAACAGCCCUUGUUCUCUUAUUCCCAAUCCAUAUCAGGUUCGGACCAAUCCCUCUUUACCUUGUCUUGCAAGCAAGUGAGCUCCGGCGAAGAAUUGUUGUUGUUUGCAACAGAAGAAUCUCGGUUUCAGACAAGAAUGAGGAGAAGAAUCACGAGUUUUAUGAAUCUUGAGGAGUCUGAAUAUCACAUGAUUCUAACUCAAGACCGUUCCUCUGCUUUCAAGAUUCUAGCGGAACUCUACUGUUUCAAAACAUGUCCGAAUCUUCUCACAGUCUACAACUACGAGGACGAAGCAGUCGAGGAGAUGAUAAGAAUCUCAGAGAAGAAGGGUGUCAAGCCCAAAGCAGCGGAGUUUUCAUGGCCGAGCACUGAGAUUGUGUCGGAGAAGCUGAAGAGGAACAUCACGAGGAACAAGAGAAGAAGAGACAAAAGAGGACUCUUUGUGUUCCCGCUUCAGUCUCUUGUCACGGGAGCUUCGUAUUCUUACUCGUGGAUGAGUUUAGCUCACGAAAACGAGUGGCACGUGUUGCUAGACACCUCUGCUUUAAGCUCUAAAGACAUGGAGACGUUAGGGCUUUCUCUGUUCCGACCAGACUUUCUCAUCUGUUCUUUUACAGAGGUUUUAAGACAAGAAGAUUCUCCCGGUUUUGGUUGCUUGUUCGUCAAAAAAUCUAGCUCUCAAGCUUUGUCAGAAGCACCAGAACUCAUCACGAACCCGGCGAAUCUGACGGUCGUGAAAGCAGAGCCAGCUUGGAAAACAGAAAAUGACGAAAAUACCCUUGGAAGAGGCUCUUUGGACCACAGGGAGGACCACACGUCUGCCAAUGAUAUAGUUGAAGUAGUAGAAGAAGACGAUAAUGCCAUUAUUGAGUUUCGAGGGUUAGACCACGCAGACUCACUGGGUCUGGUACUGAUCAGUAGAAGGCUAAAGUCUCUGACUUUAUGGCUGGUUCGAGCCUUGACGUGUCUAAAACACCCAGGCUCUCACCAACCAGAGAUGCAUCUUGUCAAAAUCUGUGGGCCUAAGACCAGACCGAAACGUGGACCGUCGGUUUGUUUUAACGUUUUUGAUUGGCAAGGCGAAAAGGUUGAUCCUGUGGUAGUGGAGAGGCUUGCGGAGAGGGAGAAGAUCGGUUUGAGAUGUGCUUAUUUGCAAAAGAUUAGUAAGAUCGGGAAGGACAAGAAGAGAAAUGAUGAGAAACAGAACCUGAGUUUGAGAGUCUCUGUUGUGUGUGUUAGGUUAGGGUUUAUGACAAAUUUUGAUGAUGUUUUUAGGGUUUGGGGGUUUGUUUCUAGGUUCUUGGAUGCUGAUUUUGUUGAGAAGGAGAAGUGGAGGAAGAAAGCUCUUGAGAAAAAUAAAGGAUGUGAUUAGUAAAACAGUUUGAAAAUCUGAAUCUUAAUGGUUCAGUUCCACGAGUUUCAGGUUUGGUUCGGUUAGGUUAAAUUGUGGUUCGAUUAGGUAUUCAAUUUUUUUGGUCGGUGCUGUUUGGUAUAUAGGCAACUUGGUUUCGGUUUGCUUUGAGAAAAACUGAAAUCAAACACACGUAUUAAUUUA